UCUCAGAGUGCCGUCAAACUUGCCAUUUUUCCACGAUUUCGAAACAUUGCCGAAGAUGAGAUGCUGAACAAUUAGAAAAAAAUGGUCGGCAUGGCUAAUAUGGACGAACAAGAACGGAAAAUUGUUAUGGAAUUUGUUCAUUUAUUGGAAAAGUCUAAACAACUGUUCAAUGGUUUAAGGGACUUGCCGCAAUAUGGACACAAGCAGUGGCAAGCUUAUUUUGGUAGAACGUUCGACAUUUACACGAAAUUAUGGAAAUUUCAACAGCAGCACCGUCAAAUUUUAGAUACAAAAUAUGGUUUGAAACGAUGGCAAAUCGGCGAAAUAGCAUCUAAAAUUGGACAAUUAUAUUAUCAUUAUUAUUUGAGAACUAGCGAAACGAACUAUUUAAAUGAGGCAUAUUCUUUUUAUGCCGCAAUUAGAGGUCGCGCUUAUUAUUCAAGAGCAGCAAAAGAAGACAGGUCAGAAUUAAUGGUGAAAAAACUACGUUACUACGCCCGAUUUAUAGUAGUUUGUCUUCUUUUGAGACGAAUGAAAUUAGUUAGAGAAUUAAUAGUAGAAUUAGACAGACAUAUCUCCGAUUACACAAGCACGUACGAACCCGACGACCAGAUCGAGUGGAGUUUGGUCUUGGAUGAGAUCAAGGGUUUUAUACAAUCAGAUUCCCUAGUUCAAGUCCUACACGCGGAUACUAAUCCAAUUGUUCUUUCACAUAGAUUAAGUCCAUUAACGACACCGCCUGUAGAAAAAUCACAGUACAUGAAUUUAACGUUACAAGAAAUUUUAAUAGUAGGAAGCGCAUCAGAGCAAGUUAAAUUUUCGGAACUAACUAUGGAUAUGUUCAGGAUGAUUCAGACAUUGGAGAGGGAACCUCAAGAAGAUUUUAAUCACAUCUACGAUGCCUCGCCUGCUCCUGGAAGAGUUCCUUACGGAAUGAAUCCACCUAAAGGUUAUCUAGAAAAUGGUGAUAGACCGUCUCGAAGAGAAAAUCCUCAUAAAUACCUGCUGUACAAACCCACCUUAAGCCAUGUAUUAGUAUUCUUAGCUAGCGGUUUUAAAGAAUUACCCACAAAUGGUGCUCUGUUAUUGUAUUUGUCUGCCGAUGGUUGUUUUUCGACUACAAAACAUCCUGAAGACAUGGGAUACGAUCUUGGUGGCGUUCUAACUAGUAGCCGACGAGACGCAGACCACAAGAAACAAAAAGAAGCUCACUGCCUUUAUCCUGGUGAUUUAUAUCCUUUCACAAGAAGACCGCUGUUCGUCAUCGUCGAUUCAGACAAUAGUUUCGUUUUUCAACAUAUUCCCAGAUAUUUUGGACAGCCCUUAGUUACGCUAAUGUCACCGCAAGACACGCCACCCGCUUUUCAAGAUCAACAACACAAUGGUUCCUUGUUUACGUUAUUCCUCCAUUCACCAUUGACAGCUUUCUGUUACUGCUGCAACUUGACCACUAUUCCCAUCCAUCAUUGGGAGAGGUGUCAAAGUUUCGUGGAUCGUUUCGUAACGGAAGCGUCUCGCCUUUUCACGAGAUCUCGAGUUGAAUCGUCAUAUCUGCAAUUCUUCGGAGACGACUUCCUGCGCUUAUUGCUGCUUAGAUACGUAUUCUGCGACGUAGUGCUGCACCUACAUAGAGCGUUCAAAGGCCGCCAAUACCGUCCGAGAUGCCAGCCCCUGUUGCCCGAAGCCGAACUUUUGGAGCACCCCUCUCUGCAGCACCUUGUGCUCGACCUCGCGUCGCACCUCGAAGUGCGAACUCAUUUCAUGGACGGGCACGAGGUCGAAUGAUCCAGGGCGUCGUCCUCAUGGCCAUGUGUGGGGUUUAGUAAAAACUGGACAUCAUCUUCACGGCAUAUCCAUGGGGAUGCCAGAGAUAGGUCUUUGAUUCGUAUAGUACUGCUGAUUGCCUUCGCCAUAGUGAUUCUGCUUACGAACACGCGUUUUUUGUGGUUGAUUCUAAGAGCUUUACAAUUUUUUUGGACUCUUUACAUAUUAUACGGCAGAUUAGUUUUCAAGUACCUGCCUGUUUUCGGAUUAGCUAUUCUGAUACUUAUCAAUAAGAUGAACAAAUUCGAAUCGUACAGGGUUAAAUAUCUUGACAAUUCGAAACAUACAAUUUCGGUGAUAUCCACAUAGCUCAAAGGUGAGCACAUCGUCUUUCAAAAAUUCCGUUCAUAUUAC